CCAGCAUUCGUUUCGUUCGCUACAGCCGAUCUCCAUCCUGCCAUGAAAGAAAAUAUUGCUCUUGCCCGUUACACAGAGCCAACACCUGUUCAGGCCAAUUCUAUCAGUAUUGUCACUGCUGGACGCGACCUGAUGGCCUGCGCUCAGACAGGUUCUGGAAAAACAGCAGCUUUUCUGAUCCCCACGUGCUCUCGUAUCUUUGGUGAUGCAGCUAACCUUAUCUCGCGUCCUCAGGGCUAUGAUACCCACCGAUUCAAGGCUAAACCUCUUGUUCUAAUCAUUGCACCUACUCGUGAAUUGUGCUCUCAGAUAUUCGAUGAAGCUAGACGGUUCUGUUAUCGUAGUAUGCUGAGACCAUGUGCUAUUUAUGGCGGUGCAGGCACUGCAGGUCAAUUGAGAGAGCUCGAGAAAGGAUGUGAUAUAUUGGUCGCUUCCCCAGGACGAUUAAAGGACUUUUUAGAACGUGGAAAAAUUGAUCUAUCAAACUUAAAGUAUCUGGUAUUAGAUGAGGCUGACAGAAUGUUGGACAUGGGUUUUGAGCUUGACAUCAGAGACAUUGUCGAAAGAAGAGGAAUGAAUAAAAGCCGCCAGACACUUAUGUAUAGUGCUACAUUCCCUAAAGAAAUCCGUGCGCUUGCCAGAGACUUUCUUAAGCCUGACUAUUUGUUCCUUAAGGUUGGUCGUGUAGGUGGCACUACAACGGAUAUCACACAGAAGGUUAUUUGGGUUGAAGAACCCGAUAAGCGUGAAGAACUGAAGAAAUUAUUGAUGUCACAACCACCAUGCCGCACACUCAUAUUUGUGGAUACCAAGAGAAUUUCCAUGAAACUAAAAAAAGCGUUAUACAGGCUUGAUCAAUUCUUGUUUGAGUGUAAGUUUCCAAGCACCUCUAUCCAUGGAGAUAGAUCACAAAUGGAACGUGAAGACGCGAUCCUGGCAUUCAAGGCGGGUACAUGCCCAAUCUUAGUUGCUACAGCUGUUGUGGCUCGUGGUAUCGACAUUCGCAACAUCAUGCAUGUUGUUAACUAUGAUAUGCCUCCUAAUAUUGACGAAUACAUUCAUCGUAUUGGACGUACUGCUCGUGUCGGAAACGCCGGUCUCGCAACUUCUUUCUUUAAUUCUGGAAGUAUGGGUAUCGCCAGGGAUCUCACCAAGAUUCUCCAAGAAUGUCAACAAGAAAUUCCUUCUUUCCUCCAACCAUACAUGUCAAAGAAUAUGUAA